GAAGUGGGAAGAUAUAGCCAUGUUGGUAAUAGCGGUUUGCCUCAUAAUUCUGCUGCUCACGUUUGGUGCCUCGGCGAUUAUAUACGCAGCCAAGCAAAGUGGUGGUGACGGCGAUGAGAAAACAACCACAGAGGAGCAUGAAUACUUCUUCGUGAACGACCCGACGAGUCCCGCCACUGCUCCUCCCAGCAUCGUCCCGGCACCCACCGGGCACCAGCCCGGCACCCAGCCGGCGCCAGCCAGUACGACGAGUCCAACGGCUUCUACGAUGAUGGCGACAACUACGUUUAGACCUGACUUGAUGCCGAUGAAACCUUUCAUAUGCCUGGUUACUUAUGGUCUACGCUCCAACAUACCGUAUCCGGAGGACGGCCUGUGCGAUUUCCUCUUUAUCCAGUUCUACAUCGAUAACGACCAAAUCAAGGCAUACUUCACAAUCGAUACACAAGUGCAGAAAACCUUCAAAGAAUUCGAACAACUGGCCAAGGCAGGAAGUAGGACACGGUUUGGUAUUGAUACACCUCUGUCCGGAGCAAAAGGCGUUGGGGAAUACUUGAAGAAGGGAAAUAUUGCUGAGCAGUCCUUGAAGAGUCUUAGGGACACGAACAUUGCUCACUACAGCGCCUUACAAGUUCCGUUCUUUAAUCCAAAACCAUGGGAUCAGUACGUCAGUAUGCAGGAAACUGUUCUCCAGAAAUUUCGAGAAUAUCUGGACAAGUUCAACAAUGUGGCACAACAACCAGGUUCAACAACCGAUACGCAUGGCUUCUUGAUAAUGGGCUCGUGGCUCAUUUCAGAACAAGGUCUUCCAAAUCGCAAGGCGCUCGUGGAUCGCUUCAACGGUAUAGUCAGUUUAGUGAAGCCCGACGCCAUUUGUUUUACCGUCGCAUGGCAGAGUGGCCAGAUGACCGGAACCCAGGUCAGCGGUGGCAACCUGUGGAAGGACGACUCUUACAUCGGACAGCCCAAUUUUGAAGACACACUCGGAUUCCGAGCAGGCGUUACCAUUCCCCCCGAUGUGCGACAGCUUCUAGGAGUGGCUGCCUAUGUGACACAAUACUACACAUAUAGCGGCACGUUUUCUUCGAAAGAAGAAUAUGAUCCCGACAGGAACGGUCAAGGCACAGAGAGCAAAGAUGCAGCUAUCACAAACAGAUCACGAAUAUGUGCAGCAGCAGCUGGCGACAUCAACAAGGCGGACAGCACGCUGCAUCAACAGUACUUGUUCGCGAAGCAGCUAGGGUAUUAUACGGAAGUGAUGGUCUACGACACACCCAAAGACAUCCUGUGGAAGAUGUGCAUGGUUGCCACGACCCACUCCUUUGAUGGCGGAUACGUCGCGCACGGCAUCGAGUUUGACGAUUACGCAAACAAGUGCAACGACAAUAACUACAACAGCUUCACUUUCACCAGCUACCUAAAAGACUACACGACCAGAGAGUACACAACAUGUUGAAAGGCAUCUGAUCGAGGAUUCUGCUGUGCAGAGCUCCGGGACAUGCAAUAAAACGUUGAGUUAGCCUCA